AUGAACUCCCCAUAUGCAACAAUCCUUGAUAACCCGGAUUUCCAUCCGGCUAUGUAUGCUGAGAAAGUCGACCGUGCUCUGAGAGCUAGCGACAAGGACGCCAUCGCCCAUAUUCUGACCUCGAUCAGCAACAAUCAGCGUCAAUUGCUGCGCGAACCUUACAAAGUCAAGUACGGUAAGGACAUCAUCUCGGCGCUCGACAAAAAAUUGGGUGGAGAUCUCGAAAAGACUGUGUUUGCGCUGAUGGACACUCCUCUGGAUUAUGAUGUCAAGCAGCUGAAAGCCGCUAUGAAGGGCCUUGGCACCGAUGAAGCGACAUUGAUCGAGAUUCUCUGCUCUCGCACUCCUGACCAAUUGGCUGCAAUUCGAAUUGCUUAUGAGAGGGAAUACAAGACUCCAUUGGAGAAGGACAUCGCAGGCGAUACAUCUGGGGAGUUCAAGGAUCUCUUGUGUGCACUUGCCACAGGAAGCAAGGACAGCGGUCGCGAAACCAACGACGCGAAUGCCAAAGAUGAUGCCAUUCGACUUUUCGCUGACGGUAAGGCCAAGUUGGUUGGCAAAGGUGCUCCAUCGCACUUCUUGACCAUCCUUGCCUCUCAGAAUCAGUAUCAGUUGAGAAAGGUUUUCGCCGAAUUCGCCAAUCUCUCCGGGACCACCAUCGAGAAGGCGAUCGAAAAAGAGUUCAGCGGUGACUUGCAGAAAAGUUAUCUCACCAUCGUUAAAGCAUCUACUGACAAGCAGAAAUUCUUUGCUGAACAACUUUACUACUCGAUGAAGGGUCUGGGAACUAACGAUAAUGAUCUGAUCCGUGUGUUGGUCACCCGCUCAGAAGUUGAUCUCCAACUUAUCAAGGAAGAAUUUGAAAAAAUGUACAACAAGCCACUUGCCGAAAUGAUCAAGGGUGACACCUCUGGUCAAUAUCGCGACGCUUUGCUCGCCAUUGUAGCCGGUAACCGUCAACCGUACUAGAACUUCUCUUGAUUAACCGUCAUCAUUGCUUUUAUUAUCACAUUCCCCACUUAUAUCCGUAUCGCGUGCUGUUACUUGUUUUUAUU